AUGGUCGUAUGGCAACCAAACAACAGUAUGCUCACUGAAGACCCUUCAACCACUACUAAUACUGUCGAUAUGGAGGAUGAAAAUACUCUCAAAGACUCAAAUUCCGAAUCACUUAAUACAAACCUUUUCAAAACAACCGCUGCAGAACGAAAGAAAACUGCUGAAAAAUUAUUCGGGAAUAGCAGUACCGACAGUUCACUUGCUGUCGAAGAAGACUCACUAGAUUGUAACAUAAACACACUCGAUACAAUUACCGAUAAAGCAAAAGCAGAUAUAAAAGAUAUUACUAAUAAUAAUUCGACUGCUGUCGUUUCCGCCGAAACAGUAGGUACCCAACAUCUCACAGAUACCGUCUCAAAAGAUUCACAAGCAUCUUUAAUAGAAAUCCAUAUCCCUGAAGAACAUCGUUUGUCGAAAGAAUCCCGAUUUUCAAAAGAAUCAGGAAUGGUUUCGAGUGCAAGCUCUAUAAACGAUGGCGACAACGAGACUGAUGCUCAACAACCAUCUAGCUUGUCUCAACUGUCUGCUACCAGCAAUGACCAAUACGCUCGAACAUUCUCUGAUAACUCCAACAACCACUUGGGCAUGAUCACCGAAGAAGAAGAAACAAAAUCAGUACUUUCUAAUCAUUCCCGAAAUGUAUCAAACAACGCUCUAGAAAGCAUAGACAAUGAUAGCGAAAAACAAAAUAUUACUGCAAAUGUCCGAGAAGAACCCUUUCUAGCUUCAGACCAAGCAGAUACAGAGACGAGACUCAGCAGUUCAUCACAAACUGCUUCUUUUUCUGAUGUAUCUGAAACUCCUUCAUCUUCCAACCAAACCCCCGUGGAAGCAAAAAGAAGAAGUAGCUCGAAGCGCAAAAACUCGUCACGUUCAAUACUUUCCGUCUUGUCUCCAUCGAUUAGAUCAUCGUCUUCAUCGUCGUCAACCAGAGGUUCUAGCAGAGGUUCAGUUUCUGACUCAGAGGGCGAUCCUGUUCCACGUAAACAACAGCAACAUUCCGUAUUGUCUAAAGCAGACAGAAUACUAGGAAGGUCACCAUUUGGCUCAAUAUCGGGCAGGAGGCGAACUUCGAGAAUGAUAAAAAAUGCUAGCGAGAGCGAGGUAACUCCACCCGGAUCACCUAAUUCCCCCGAGAAGCUGUCCAAAAUAGGCAAAAUACUUGGACUAACUCCAUCAGAGGAAAAGCUGCUGCUAGAAAAACCAGAUGCAGCAAGCCGAAUAUUCCAAUUGUCAUCCUCAUCCUCGUCGUCUCUAGACGAAACAUCCGCAAACCCUAGAAAAAGCGAAACUGAUAACCGCCCUGUCAAUAAUACAAGUAAUAAAACAAUUAAAGUGCUUGGUCCACCGGUCGACAAUGGAAUGCCUAUAAUAGACGAGAAAAGCAAAGCUGGGAGAAUUUUAGGAUUAGAAGAGAAGGUUCAAAAACGAAGAGGAACCUCAAUGUAUGUCAGUAAAGUCAGCGACAGAGUUUCCGGUCUGGUAGUUCACUCUCGUGCUGGCAUUAGUAGUCCAAUCACAGUUGCCACCGUAAAUAAGAAUAUUGCUUUGACCGGCACGCUAACUAAAUAUCAGCAUGCCAAGUUUGGGAAAAACUGGAAGCGAAGAUUUUUCAUUCUCGCCAAGACAACUUUGUACUGUUUCAAGGAUAGCGAAAGAUCAUCACUAAUGACAGACAGUUUUGAAAUAACGGCUGAAACAAUUGUCUGCGUAACUGAUACAUUUAGUGGUAAACCAUGGAUGUUACAAGUAAACAAAGAAGGAAUUAAACCGUGGUAUCUUCAAGCGGACAAUGUAGAAGAUAUGAAAUUAUGGUUAGCAGAACUGAAAGCGACAGUUGUUAAAUGUAAAUAUAGCGUAACACAACUUCCAGAUGUGCCAAAAUAUAAAACUAUAGACGAGCCUGUUAACAAUGCAUAUAAUACCAUCGUCCCUCCGCCUCGCCGGACUAGACAAACACCAACUACAGCAUCAUUUCCACAAGGUACAACGUCGACAGUUUCGUCGUCGUACGUUCAGCAAUCGCUACCUCCUCCUCCACGCCCAGCUCCAUCGGUGCCAGCAAACAUAACGUCGCUUCCACCACCGCCUCGUUCCAAGUCUGCCCCAACAACACCAUGUCCACCAUCACCUACAUCUUCGUUACCACCCUCAAGACCAUUAUCUCCGCAGCAUGAUCUCGAUGUUGCCGAACUGGCAGGGGCUAAUAUAGGCGUCCCUGCACGGCCAUCUUCACCCGUGCAUACACUUUCCCCUCCAAAGACAAGGACUGUUAAAAUCAUGGUGCCUGCAAAUCAUAAUGAUAUACCACAAGAUGAUGUCGAUUCAGCGAUCACAACGCCAACAAAUUCAUAUACAUCACUUCCUCCACCACCUCGUUCGCCACCGCCCCCUAGGACGGCAACGCGUUCUCCUAUCCAGUCAACUCCGCAGCCUCCGCGAGCUUCACGAUCAUCAAAUCCGCCCCGUUCUGCGCCAGUGGUGUACGCUUUUAACCAGCAAUAUUAUAACGUUCAGCAGCAACAAAUUUAUCAUUCUACCCCGCCUUCGACGCCACCGAGGUCUCCAGUAGCCGUUUCACCACCAAGAUCUACAGUUAAUGUAUCGCAUGUUGCCACGAAACGUCGUGUUCCUCCCAACCUUUCUCUAUCAAAUUCAGCUAAUCCGUCUCCUCCAUCCCCUCGUUCUCCUCAUUCAACUCACUCUGCUCCAUCAUCGCCUUAUUAUUAUACAACUCGUUCGCGCAAAGCCACAGAUUCGCCCCCAUUAUAUAAGACUAGUCCUUCAACGCCACCACCACGAAUAAUGACACACAUUCCGACUAGUCUUUCGUCUGCUCUUGCACCCACAGUUCCACAUCCCCCGGGCCCACCGCGGUUCUCCAAACCAACGUCAUCCCAAUCGCGAUCUAUGCAGUCGUCCAAGAAAUCGCAAUAUCAGUCUAUCCCGAUUAUAUUGCCAUCCUCGGCAAUAACUUCAAUCCCUCCUCCACCGCGUACUCGACCACCUAAUAUACCCCUACCUUCUAUACCAACGAACGUCAAGCCGAGGAAUAUGAAUGGCAAGAAUACCGGGGGUGUAGAACCAGCGGUUGAAUUUUCAGACGACGAUGAAUUAGAUCCUGAUUACCGUGACGAAGUGAAUGCUGCCUGGAAAAAGUCGCAGUUGGUAAAAUCUUUGGAAGAGAAGCAUAGCAAGCGGCAUAGAAAUGCAGCGAGAGUGAGUAAACGUCAUCGGGAUAUAAACAACGGCACUGAUGAUACUCAUCGAGUAGAUUCUGAUAUUGAAUCUAAUGAGAGUGAUGUUAAUACAAAUCAAGCAAGCGCAUUAAAUUAUAAUGUCCGAAGAAUUCUACAUGUCAAUGAGCGUAUGAGUAGUGGGGAUUUUGAACUUGUUGCCAGUCUUCAGGAAUUGGAUAAAGUUCACCCUGCGCAUAAUGGUUCUGACGAUGGUUCUGGCGAUGAUGACGGCUAUGCGGUACAGAGCGUGGAUGAGGAUAAAAUGGAUGAAGUGGACAGCAUGGACAUUUAUUUAAAUGGCGUAGUGGACGUUAAAACAAAAAUUGGUGGAUAUGAGAGUGAUGGAAGUUUAAUUGACCCGAUGGAUUCUGUAGAUGAUAGUACUCGAUGGGCAUCUCAAAUAUUUUGA